CACGGGGAGGGACAUGGGUGGUGACGUGAGGGGGGGACACGAGUGGAAACACCCCCCCCCGCCCCCGCUCUGCCCUUUAAAGCCGCUGCCGGGGCCGGACGCGUCCCAGAGCCCGGAGCAGCAGCACCGGACCUGAGCGGGACACCGGGAACGACACCAGAAUCCACACCACGGCACCAGGACUGACACCAAGACUGGGAUACUGGGACUGAUACUGGGACACCAGGACUAAGGCCAGGACAGCGGGACCAAGACUGGGACCGAGACUGGGACACCAGGCCCGACACCAGCACCAAUAUCGGGACACUGGGACUAAAACCAGGGCGGAUACUGGGACAGCAGGACCGUCGCCGGGACCGAGACUGGGACACCCGGAGGGAGACCGGGGCUGACACCGGGACUGAUACCACGACACCGGGAUCGGGGCUGACACAGGGACACCGGGAACGACACCGGGAUUGAGACCAACAGGAUGCGGGUGGCCCCAGUUGCCCUGGUGGCCCUGGCCUGGGUGGCCCUGGUGGGUGCUGGGACACCGGUGACGGGACGGGUGGCCCAACUGGUGACCGACUUCGGGCUGCGGCUCUUCCGGGAGGCAGUGGGACGCCGAGGGGACACCAACGCCAUCUUUGCACCCCACGGGGCCACCGCCGUCCUGGUGGCCCUCCAGUUGGCCACCGCCGGGCAUGGCCGUCACCAGCUCGAUGUCGCCAUGGGCUUCAGUGUCAACGAUCCAGGGAUGGCGGCGGAGCUGCGGGCGCUGCGCCAGGCACUGAGGGGACCCGGUCACCUCCUGGCCGUGGCCGAGGGACUUUUUGUGGGGCGGGGGCUGGCGCUGACCCCCGGCUUUGUCCCCCGCUUCAUCCACACCCUCGGUCCCCGGCGCCUGGUCAGGGUCGACUUCCAACGCGGGGAGGGUGCUCGCGCCCUCCUUGACGCCUGGGUGCGGGACCAGACGCAGGGGCUGAUCCGGGGGCUCCUGCCCCCCGGUGUUUUGGGUGCCAGCACCCGCCUGGUGCUGGCCAACGCCCUCUACUUCAAGGGUGCCUGGAUGAGACCCUUCCCCCCUGCCGCCACCCACCCCCGGCCCUUCCGCAGGGCCGACGGCAGCGUGGUGACCGUCCCCAUGAUGGAGCAGACGGCCAAGUUCAACUACGGGGACUUCGAGACGCCGGGGGGGGUCCCCUACGAGGUGGUGGAGGUCCCCUACGGCGGGGGGGCGGUGGCCAUGCUGCUGGUGGCCCCGAUCCAGCGGGAUGUCCCCAUCGUCACCCUCACCCGCCUCCUCGACGCCCGACUCGUCACCACCUGGGUCGCCAACAUGAAGCCCGUGCCCCGUGUCCUCGUCCUGCCCCGUUUCUCCCUGGAGACCACCUGGGACCUGCGGGCACCCCUGAAGUCCUUGGGGGUCCGCGCCCUCUUUGACCCCGACGCUGCCGACUUCACCCCACUUUCAGCUGAGGAGCCCCUUGUCCUGGGCCAAGCCCUGCAGAAGGUGAGGAUGGAGGUGACAGAGAACGGCACCGAGGUGGCAUCGGCCACCGCUGCCAUCGUCUACUCCCGCAUGGCUCCCCUGGAAAUCCUCCUGGAUCGGCCCUUCCUCUUCCUCGUGCGCCACAACCCCACCGGCACCAUCCUCUUCGUGGGGCAGGUGACGGAGCCCUGAAUGCCCCACGGUGGGGUUGGGCCCCCCAUGGGGCGAUGUGGGGCUGGGGAGAGCUGUAAUUUAUUGGGGAGAGUAAUAUAUUGGGGGGG